CCAGCCACUAGCCUGGCAGCGCCGACUUUGUACCGGUGUCCCUGUGUGAACACACUACCAACAAGCUUAAUACAAUUUGAAAUGUUUCACUGAGACAUGUGUGCGUCACCAGAUACAUGAACAGACUCCAGUGAAGAGUACACUAAAGGUAACAAGACAGGGAACAGAAUAAAUAUUGUCUAAGUUAGAACAGUAACAAACCAAACUGGAAAGAUACAAGUGAAACACAGCCAAAUAAAACAAUUAUUCGGAAAGACAGAGUGAUGAUCAGCGAUUCUAUAGCAAGUAAAAAAGAACCCACAUCAAUAAAGAUGUCAUGAAAUCUUGUUUUCUUUUAACGUAUUAAACAAGUGAACACACAUAUCAAAAAUAAGUGCAGACAAAAAAGUGAAUAAAAACAUAACUGAGCACAAAACAGUGAACUCCAAAAAUAUCAGUAAAUCCAAAAAAAUAUAAACUUUGAAAUAUGAGAAUAAAUCACAAAACGGUAGAGUAUAGGAGACAGCAACAUCAAGAAGCUGAAAAUUAGCUACGUAAGAAACCAGUGAACAAAAAUGAAUACUUUCACAUACAAAAAAAUACUUUACCAUUGAGUUAAAGAUGAUAUAAUAAAAUGAUGAAAUAUAUCAACGAAAAAGAAGGAGAAAACGAAAACAGAGCAGCCGAGAGAAACCCAAAGUAUAAAUCAGAGACGAAAUAAAUAAGGUGAGAAAGGGAAAUAAAGCAACGAAGAAAAAUAAGAUAACAAGUAAAUCACUCGGAAGGGAACAAGAAAGAAAUAGACGAGAAUAAAUCUCUGACAAGGACGAGCAGAAAAAAAGAUGAUGGGGAAGACGACAACAGUGGUGGCGAAGAUGGUGUGUGUACUCGGUCUUCUGCCCCUCACUAUGAGUGACCAAGAUGGAGCUCGUUGGACCAGCAACAACAACCAGGUGGAGGCGGGACAACAUAAGGUGACCGCUGCUGAGAGGUUUGUGACCACCAACAACAGUGUCGUCACUGCCCAGGUUGGCGCCUCAGUCAUCCUCCACUGCAAGACCUCCAGUGCCACUGGCGGACAGGUGUCGUGGGUGAGGAAGCGGGACUAUCAGCUGCUGACGGUGGGCAUUCACACUCACUCCAGCGAUGACAGGUUCUCUGUCAACUACGUUCACUGGGACUGGCAGCUGCAUAUAAGGUACCUGCAGCCACGAGAUGCAGGUGUUUAUGAGUGCCAGGUGUCCUCACACCCACCCACCUCACUCUUCGUCCACCUCGAGGUCGUCGAGGCAGAGGCGGAGAUCCUGGGAGCGCCUGAGAAGCAUGUCAAGCUAGGCUCUACGUUGAGGUUGGUGUGUAUCAUGCAUCACACCACACAAGCUCUCUCCUACGUCUUCUGGUACAGAGGCAACGACAUGAUCAACUACGACUCAGAAGACGGCUCAGGGGAGCUGGUUGUCGCCAGCCUAGUGUAA